GACUAUAGGUUCGUUUCAAUGUUGUUGCCUUGAGCAGAAAAUAAAAUACCUGUAGUAGUCGUGGGGUUAUCAGUCAGGAAACCACUUCGACCAUAUACAUUUGAGUGACCGCAUGCAUCUGACUGCGGACGGAGAUGCAGUGUUACAUAGCAGGCACAUGUGCUUCGCGCAACAAGGCAAGUAACCAUCCCGAUCCAAAACCUGCCAAUGCGUCUUUCUGUCUCCUUGCGACAGUUUGGAAGAGAAAGUAUUUCAGUGCCAGUUAUUAUUUCCUGCCACCAAACAAAGGCUUUCGGUUUUAAAGUUAUCAAGGGUCGACCACUAGAGGUGGAAUUGCAUUUGGGGAAGAGAGAAUGCAUCUCCUGUCAGUCGAAUGUCUGUCCUACAGCUUGGCUCACAGUCCCUGUCCCUGCCUCAGGACUCUAGCAUAGCCUUAUCUUGUAAUAACUCGAGGCCUGGACAGCAGUUAAGGACUCAAGACAGAAACGUUCGGAUCAAAUAUCCCUACGUCAAGGGUCUGGGAGGUGGGGCCCCGUGAUUCUGGAUCGGGAAAGAGGGACUCUGCAACAACCAUCUGGAAUAUCGUAACAAGGCAGUGGUGCAUCUGCGAGGGGACCAGAUUAUUAAGGACAUUACACAGCCUUACAGUAACAGUAGCUCUGCAACAAUGGCUCAAACGCCUAUUAAACGGCAAGUUCGAAAACGUAUGCGGUGCGAGAGCACAGCCUCGGUGCCGCAGUUCACAAACUCGCCCACUAUGAUCGUGAUGGUGGGUCUUCCUGCCAGAGGGAAGACCUACAUCUCCAAGAAGCUCACACGCUACCUCAACUGGAUAGGGGUCCCCACCAAGGUGUUCAAUGUGGGUCAGUAUCGGAGGGAUGCAGUACGAACUUACAAAAACUUUGAGUUUUUCCGUCCUGACAAUGAAGAGGCCAUGAAGAUUCGCAGAGCAUGUGCUCUUUCUGCUCUGAAGGAUGUUGGGACUUAUUUCAUGCUGGAGCAUGGACAGGUGGCGGUGUUUGAUGCCACCAACACCACUCGGGAAAGAAGGGAGGUCAUUCUCAGCUAUGCCAAAGACAAUGGGUACAAGGUCUUCUUCAUAGAGUCUAUUUGUGAUGAUCCUGAAAUCAUCGCUGAGAACAUCAAGCAAGUGAAGCUCAGCAGCCCAGAUUAUACCGACUGUGACAAGGAGGAGGCGGUGGCUGACUUCCUGAAGAGGAUCGAGUGCUACAAAGUCACCUACGUCCCCCUGGACGACGACAAAGACAGUCACCUGUCCUAUAUAAAGAUCUUUAACGUGGGAUCUCGGUACCUGGUCAACCGGGUGCAGGACCACAUCCAGAGCCGGAUUGUGUACUACCUUAUGAACAUCCACGUCACACCGCGCACCAUCUACUUGUGUCGCCACGGUGAGAGCGAGCUCAACCUCCUGGGCCGGAUUGGUGGGGACUCGGGGCUGUCUCGGAAUGGUAGCAAGUUUGCUGCUGCCCUUGGGAGGUAUAUCAAAAGUCAGAACAUCCCAGACCUGAAGGUUUGGACGAGUCACAUGAAACGCACCAUUCAGACAGCAGAGGCCCUGGGUGUUCCCUAUGAGCAGUGGAAAGCGCUCAAUGAAAUAGAUGCGGGCGUGUGUGAGGAGCUGACCUAUGAGGAGAUCCAGGCGAACUACCCCGAGGAAUUUGCCCUGAGGGACCAGGACAAGUACCGCUACCGCUACCCCAAGGGAGAGUCAUAUGAGGACUUGGUGCAACGGCUGGAGCCGGUCAUCAUGGAGCUGGAGCGGCAGGAGAACGUGCUGGUGACCUGCCAUCAGGCCGUCAUGCGCUGCCUGCUCGCUUACUUCCUCGAUAAGAGCGCAGAGGAGCUGCCCUACCUGAAGUGUCCCCUACACACAGUCCUGAAGCUCACACCAGUCGCUUACGGGUGUAAGGUGGAGUCUGUGUUUCUGAACGUGGAGGCUGUGAACACCCAUAGAGGCAGGCCUGCGGGCGAUGAGCCCAUGUGCUCCCUCGUGUCCCCCUACCGCCACACUCGGGCCAAGCCCAUGGCAAGCCCCACCCCCACCAGAGCCCCGCGCCUGCAGGACCUGGGGGUCACCAGUCUAAGUCUGCAGAACGUGGACAUCGACAGAGAGCCCGAGGAGGCACUUGUGACCGUUCCAGACCACAUCUAGAGGCCCAGAGAGAGGGAGCGAGAGACGCUGACUGUCCAGCAAGCGUAGACGUUUCCUCUCUCCAAACAUCUCAUGGCACAAAAACCUUUUCUCUUUUAGUUGUGUAUAUCAAUCAUAUUUUGCCCGUGGUAUCAUCAUGGUGAAAUGUGUGUGGUGAAAAGAGGUCCUCCUGAUGGAUGUCUAGGGCAGACAGUGGGAUCACUAAAUCAACUGCUGGGGUCUCCUGUGGGCUACUCUGUUCAAAAGGGGAUGCAAGUCUGCCUCCAGCGAAAGCGCACAACAGGAAGCGACGAAUAUUUUAAUUUACGCACCGUACUCACAGGAAGGAUAUUCCUUGCACUGGACUUUUUUUCCAGAUGGGCAGUACUAGAACCACACAAACCUCUGAAAUGUAAUGAGAGAUUGUGGAUUGGACUGUGAACUACUGAACGGUUAACCAUAAUCCUUUGUGGUCUGAGAUCUGCCAAUGUUUCUCUCUUAAUAAACUCAGACUUAGGAUGUUCCUGUGCCCCAACCAAUGUGCCUCAUCCAUGGCUAUAGUGAUCUAGCCACUCUUACAGAGUUGCGUACUCCUACAGAGUGGCGAGAACGUGUGCCAGUAGACUGAGGAAGCUGCCAGGUUUGAAAGAAAUUCAACUGUGAACAGUAAUAUAGGGACGGUACUGCUAAAGUACUUACAGUGUUAUUACAGAUUUGCAAAGACAUAUGCAGACAUGCUUCAGAUUUAAAUAGAAGAAAAUGGUUAAACAUAUUGCUCACUAUGGCUUGUAGCUUCAGGAACUUCCAACAUGCUCAGUAUGUUUAAAGUUCAGCAAAUACUGAAAUGUCAACAGCUAACCCUAAUGGACUUCAUAUAUUUACGUUUCUACAUAAACAUAAGGUCAAGCAAUGCCAAUUGGACUUAACCAUAUUUAGUAACUGAAGCACUUUAGUGUAUUAGUUCCUUUGUUGCCACUCACAAGAGAACCUCAGGACCAUCUCUAAUAAAUCCCAGGUUGGAAGAGGAUAAAAUCACCUAGAUAUGCGAAUUAUGAUGCUGGUCAGUAGAGGUUCAGCUUUUGCCUAUCACAUUUGAUUUUUUUUACCAUGAAACAAAACAAAUACUUAGUGGACUAGUGCAAGUCAUGUAUAAAAACCACACCAUGACUUAACUGUGGUAAAAGAACUGUAUCUCUCCUGACCUCGAUCAAGCACACACACAAGUGUAUGCAGUAUGUACUGUACACACUUGCACACAAAAACACACAUUUGGACAUAUGACAUUAAUGUUAAAUGUUAUAUUAUGUGCACUGUCCUGUACAUGUAUAUUGUGAAAAUAAUUCCCUCCUCCAAGGCCUGCUAUAGAUUUAGCAAGUCUUGUGUUCAGAGAUUAUAUCAAAGCCAUAAAUAUGCUAUAUACUCCUGAUGUGAUGAAAGUCUAUUCAAAGAGUUUAUCUCCGGUUACCAACAGCCAUCCUUCAGUACGAGCUUGACUAGUUAUUUUAAUCCUCUCCUAACGGUGCUACGUAGACGUGGUUGUUCGGUCUCAUGGAUGCCAUCUCAAGUAUAGGAAUGUUUCUUGAGAGGGUGCAAUCUUAUUUUUGUGCCUCUCCCAAAAAAAAAAAAAAAAUCAAAGCCAUCUCUUGUCAACAAAACACACCUGUGAUAAAUAAAUAUAUAUACACACAAACACUAUAGUGUGAAAUAGCAAACCAAUGUUUUUUUCCUGAACAAUUUGAUAUGAUGUGUCCCGACAGUGCGUGCUGUGAGUUCUUCUGACUGUAGUUCUAGCAUCUGUAAUGGUCAGAGUUUUUGCAGAGCACAGACAUCUAGAUAAGCAUCAGUGCAAGUAAUGUCAUGUGAUGAUACGGAAUGAGGGUCUGAAUUCUGUAAGCACGUCCUGGCGAAACAACUAUGUGCACCGAGGGAAAUGCAUGUUUAUCAAAACUCGCUGCUGUUUUUCUCUAAAACUCGUCUAAAUUCUAGUAGCCUCUGUUGAGCAGGGGCCGGAUAUUUCACCCAUAUGGCAGCUGAGAGACAACAGAGGGACGCUAACAAAAACCAUCCCCUGGACGGGAAGAGAGAAUGGGUUUAUUGUGCAAUUUACUGUGAUAGAAAAGCAAUGAUAUGUAAAGAGAAUUUUUAAAAAAUAUUUUUUAUUUUUGUUGGCACAAACAAAAUAAAACUAUGAAGCAAUA